AUGGCGUCGACGGCGGCGGCGGCGGCGACGGCGACGGCGACCCUGUCCAAGAUCUGGCCGAGCUCCUUCUCCACCUCAAGCUCCCAUUCCCGCCUUCUAUGUCCUCCCAAUCGAAUCCCCUUCCCUGCUCUUCUGCAUCCCUCCUCCCCUCUCCUCCCGCGGACCACCACCAUCACCAGCGUCCUCCACUCCGACUCCCCCAAGCCCGUCGCCCCUCCCGCCGCGGACCCCACCGUGCGCCACUACGCCGCCGGCGAGCCGCGCAAAGGCGCGGACAUCCUCGUAGAGGCGCUCGAGCGGGAGGGCGUCACCGACGUCUUCGCCUACCCCGGGGGAGCCUCCAUGGAGAUCCACCAGGCCCUCACCCGAUCACCUACCAUCGUCAACCACCUCUUCCGCCACGAACAGGGGGAGAUCUUCGCCGCCGAGGGCUACGCCCGCUCCACCGGCCGCCCCGGCGUCUGCAUCGCCACCUCCGGCCCCGGCGCCACCAAUCUCGUCAGCGGCCUCGCCGACGCCUUACUGGACAGCGUCCCCCUCGUGGCCAUCACCGGGCAGGUUCCACGAAGAAUGAUCGGCACUGAUGCCUUCCAGGAGACUCCGAUCGUGGAGGUCACCCGCUCCAUUACCAAGCACAACUACCUGGUGCUGAAUGUGGACGACAUACCUCGCGUGGUCCGCGAGGCCUUCUUCCUGGCCAGCUCUGGACGGCCUGGCCCCGUUCUGAUCGACAUCCCCAAGGACAUCCAGCAGCAGCUUGCCAUUCCUGUAUGGGACCAGCCUAUGCGCCUCCAUGGGUAUGUCUCUCGCCUCCCGAAGCCUCCCCAACGCGACCACCUGGAGCAGAUCCUCCGCCUUCUCUCCGAGUCGAAGAAGCCUGUCCUCUACGUCGGCGGCGGCUGCGUGAACUCCUCCGAGGAGCUGAGGCGCUUCGUGGAGCUCACGGGCAUCCCCGUCGCCAGCACCCUGAUGGGACUCGGCGUGUACCCUACGUCGGACGACCUCUCGCUGAAGAUGCUGGGCAUGCACGGGACGGUGUACGCUAAUUACGCCAUCGACGGAUCAGAUCUCCUGCUUGCCUUCGGCGUGAGGUUUGACGAUCGAGUCACAGGGAAGGUGGAGGCGUUCGCCAGCCGAUCCAAAAUCGUGCACAUCGAUAUCGACCCUGCAGAGAUCGGGAAGAACAAGCAACCCCAUGUCUCCAUCUGUGGCGAUGUGAAGCUGGCGCUCCAAGGCCUGAACGAAUUGUUGGAAGAGAGUGGAUCUCACCGGAAGCUCGACUUCUCCGCCUGGAGGGAGGAGCUCGACCACCAGAAGGCCAAGUACCCUCUGGACUUCAAGACCUUUGGAGACUUGAUCCCUCCUCAGUACGCCAUUCAGCAAUUGGACGAGUUGACAAACGGCGAGGCCAUCAUCGCCACCGGCGUUGGGCAGCACCAGAUGUGGGCAGCCCAGUGGUACACCUACAAGAGGCCUCGUCAGUGGCUCUCAUCCGCCGGCUUGGGCGCUAUGGGCUUCGGGUUGCCUGCCAUAGCUGGUGCCGCUGUUGGGAAUCCUGGCGCAGUCGUUGUGGACAUUGAUGGAGAUGGAAGCUUCCUCAUGAACAUUCAAGAAUUGGCCAUGAUACGGGUGGAGAACCUCCCGAUCAAGAUCAUGGUGCUGAACAACCAGCACUUGGGCAUGGUGGUCCAGUGGGAGGACCGAUUCUACAAGGCCAAUCGGGCGCAUACCUAUCUUGGGAAUCCCCAGAAUGAAUCCGAGAUCUUUCCCGACUUCGUGACCCUUGCCAAAGGGUUCAGCAUACCUGCUGCAAGGGUGACAAAGAAGGGACAAGUCAGAGAGGCCAUUAGAAAGAUGCUGGAGACCCCAGGGCCGUACCUGCUGGACAUAAUUGUGCCUCACCAGGAACAUGUGCUACCCAUGAUUCCGAGUGGUGGCGCCUUUAAAGAUGUGAUCAUUGAAGGAGAUGGAAGGACUUCCUACUGA